AUGGCGAAACCUUCGAAAUCUGCCAAUUCGGCCGUGGGAAAGAUUCCACGAAGCCCGUCGGCACAGAAAAUUGUGAAGAAGUCGGACGAUUACACCUCGGAAGGUGUGAAGGACCAUGAUAUCUUCCUUUUACCUGGCUCCGACUAUCAGGUCAUGCUGGUGGUCACGGUGUUGGCUGCUAUUGUGAGGCUAUUCAGAAUAUACCAGCCAAGCAGUGUAGUGUUCGAUGAAGUCCACUUCGGAGGAUUCGCAUCGAAAUACAUCAAAGGCAAAUUCUUCAUGGACGUCCACCCUCCCCUCGCAAAACUACUCCUCACAUUAGCUGGAUGGUUAGCUGGAUUUGAUGGAGAAUUUGAUUUUAAAGAUAUAGGAAAGGACUACUUGGAGCCUGGUGUCCCAUAUGUGGCCAUGAGAUUGCUCCCAGCUAUCUGCGGUAUUCUUUUGGUUCCUACCAUGUUCUUGACUUUGAAGGCUGCUGGAUGCAGAACUGUCACUGCAGCUCUGGGAUCGUGUCUGAUUGUCUUUGAAAAUGGUCUCCUUACCCAGGCACGCUUGAUCCUCCUCGACUCCCCCCUCAUGAUCAUGACCGCUUUCACAGCAUUGGCAUUCACCUCUUUCACGAACCAACAUGAACAAGGCCCCUCCAAGGCUUUCGAGCCAACCUGGUGGUUUUGGCUUGCAAUGACUGGUCUUGGAUUGGGUGCAACUGCCAGCGUUAAAUGGGUUGGACUUUUCACAAUCGCCUGGGUUGGAAGCUUGACUGUUCUCCAGUUGUGGGUUCUACUUGGAGACUAUAAAACAGUUACUCCUCGUAAAUUUGCCAAGCAUCUCGUGGCAAGGAUAUUCUGCCUCAUUGUGAUCCCAGUAACAUUCUACAUGGCAAUGUUCGGGAUCCAUUUCCUCUGCUUGGUUAACCCCGGUGAUGGAGAUGGAUUCAUGAGCUCCGAGUUCCAGGCUACUCUCAACUCCAAGUCUAUGCAGGAUGUUCCUGUCGAUGUUGGAUUCGGUAGCCGAGUCAGUAUCAGACAUCACGCAACCCAAGGAGGAUACCUGCACUCGCACAACCUCAUGUACCCAACCGGUAGCAAGCAGCAGCAGAUCACUCUCUACCCCCACAAGGAUGAGAACAACGUUUGGCUCCUCGAGAACCAGACUCAGCCGCUUGAUAUCACUGGACAGCCCAUCAACGGUUCUGAUGCAUGGGAUACUCAGAACCCUCCAACCUUCAUCAAAGAUGGUGACACUCUCAAGCUGUACCACUUCCAAACCCACCGCCGCCUCCAUUCUCACGAUGUCCGCCCACCUGUUACCGAGGCCGAAUGGCAAAAUGAAGUAUCUGCAUAUGGGUAUGAAGGCUUCGAGGGUGAUGCUAAUGACUUCUUCAGAGUUGAGAUCAUCAAGAAGAUGUCCGACGGAGAGGAGGCCAAAAACCGCCUUCGAACUAUCCAGACCAAGUUCAGGCUUGUGCAUGUGAUGACUGGUUGUGUUUUGUUCUCACACAAGGUCAAACUACCUGACUGGGCUUCAGAACAGCAAGAAGUUACGUGCGCAAAGCAAGGUACCCUUCCAAAUAGCGUUUGGUACAUCGAACAAAACGAACACCCUCAACUUGGUGAAGACGCCGAGAAGGUUAAUUACAGAGACCCGGGUUUCUUUGGUAAAUUCUGGGAAUUGCAGAAGGUCAUGUGGCAAACGAAUGCUGGACUCGUCGAAUCUCACGCUUGGGACUCUCGCCCACCAUCCUGGCCUAUUCUUCAGCGUGGUAUCAACUUCUGGGGCAAGGACAACCGCCAGAUUUACCUCCUUGGUAACCCUAUCAUUUGGUGGAGCUCUACCCUAGCAGUUGCAAUCUUCGUUGUCUUCAAGGGUCUCGCAGUUCUGAGAUGGCAGAGAGGAUUCAAGGACUACGACAACUCGAUCUUCAAGCGCUUCGAUUACGAAGUCGGUACUAUGGUUCUCGGAUGGGCGUUCCAUUACUUCCCAUUUUACCUGAUGCAACGUCAACUCUUCCUCCAUCACUACUUCCCAGCUCUUUACUUUGCCAUCAUCACCCUUUGCCAGAUAUACGACUACAUUGUGGCUCGUAUUCCAGGUGUUGGUCUUCGCGAAAACCCAAUUAUUGGACGUCUCGGAGCUCUCAUCUUCUUGUCGUUGAGUGUUGUUGCAUUUGGUCUCUACUCUCCUCUAGCAUAUGGCAACCCAUGGACGCAGUCUGCCUGCAACGCAGUGAAGCUCUUCGACUCAUGGGACUUCGACUGCAACACCUUCCUCACAGAUUACUCCCAAUACUCCUCCCAAUCCAUCAAUGUAAACGACAACGUCCACAAGACCGAAAAUCCUCUGGUCCCUACUGAGGCAGCCCAAAUCCCCCAGUUCGGCGACGGCUUUCGACAGCCCCUCGUCGAACAACCACAAGACAUCUCUGAAGCCCCAGCCAUGGUAUCCCCACCCCCUGAACAACCACCACCACCAGGACAAAGCGUGCUCUCCCGUGAAGAAAAAGUAGAGUACAGAGACCAAGAUGGUAACCUACUCGAUGAAGAACAAGUCAAGUCGCUCGAGGGCAAAGUGAGCUUCAAAACCCGCUACGAGACACGCACACGCAUGGUCGACGCAGCUGGUAACGAAAUCAGCCCUGAACAAGCUGAAGCUGCCGGUGUAGCGCCGCCGCACCCGGAUGUCGAUGGACCAGAUUCUUCGACAGCGGGCAAACCGGAACCAGAUAGCCAGGAUGGGCCGAAUGCGCAGAGGGAGGUGAAGGCGGAUGAGAGCAAGGAGGAGAGUGUAGCGAAGUCCGAGACUGGCGCGGCCAAGCCGGCGAGUGAGGGGAAUGAGGCUACGGGUGCUGCAUAG